UGCCGCGGUGACGGGGCGCGGGGCGCGCUGUGCCCGCGGCAGGGACGGACGGACCCGCAUCCCGCGGCAGCGAUGGAGCUGGGCCUGGCGCGCGUGGAUUACCUGCAGGUGGGAGUCACGGCGCAGAAGACCAUGAGGCUCCUGCCCGCCUCCGGAAAAAAGGCCACGCAGAAGGUGGUUGUUGGAGAUCAGGAUGGGGUCGUUACAUGCUUUGGCAUAAAAAAAGGGGAAGCUGUGCCAGUGUUCAAGACACUACCGGGCCCAAAAAUUGAAAGACUGGAGCUGGGAGGGGCUCUUAACACACCACAGGAGAAAAUUUUUGUGGCUAUAGGAGCCGAAGUUAGAGGCUUCACAAAAAAAGGGAAGCAGUUUCUUUCCUUUGAAACUAACCUUACUGAAAGCAUCAAAGCUAUGCACAUUUCAGGAGCAGAUCUCUUCCUGUGUGCCAGCUACGUGUACAACCAUUACUGUGACUGCAAGGACCAGCACUACUUCCUGUCAGGGGACAAGAUCAACGAUGUCCUCUGCCUUCCCGUGGCCAAAGUGAAGUGCAUUACACCCGUGCUCGCGUGUCAGGAUAGGCUCCUCAGGGUUUUACAGGGAUCUGAUUUACUGUACGAAAUAGAAGUUCCUGGACCACCUACUGUUCUUGCUCUGAGCGAUGGAAAUGGGGGUGAUUCUGGGGAAGAAAUUGUGUAUGGAACUUCUGAUGGUAAGCUGGGUCUUACCCAGAUCGCUGGUUCCAAGCCUGUACACAAGUGGGAAAUUGGAAAUGAGAAAAAGAGAGGAGGUGUCUUAUGUCUUGACAGCUUUGACAUUCUGGGAGAUGGAGUUAAGGAAUUACUCGUUGGGCGAGAUGACGGAAUGAUCGAAAUCUACACCUUUGAGAGCGCCGAGGAGCCCGUCCUGCGACAUGAUUAUGCUUUGUCGGAGAGCGUUGCCUCGAUCCAGGGUGGCUGCGUAGGGAAAGAUGGCUACGAUGAAAUUAUAGCAGCCACGUACUCAGGCUGGCUGACAGGACUGACUACAGAGCCUGUCCAUAGAGAAGGUGGAUCAGGUGAAGAACUAAAAUUAAGCCAAGAAAUGCAGAACAAGAUCUCAUCCUUAAGGAACGAACUGGAACACUUACAGAUGAAGGUCCUUCAGGAAAGGGAAAAAUACCAGCAGUCCUCUCAGUGCAGCACUGCUGUUUCCUCAGUACCUGCGUUCAGUGUGAAUGAGAAGUUCACGUUAAAUAAGGACGAUGCCAGCUACAGCCUCAUCCUGGAGGUGCAGACAGCCAUAGAUAAUGUCCUGGUGCAGAGCGAUGUCCCAAUAGACUUGCUGGAUGUGGAUAAAAACUCUGCCGUUGUUAGUUUUAGCAGCUGUGAUUCCGAGCCAAAUAGCAACUUUCUUCUUGCAACUUACCGAUGCCAAGCAAACACCACGAGACUUGAACUUAAGGUUCGCUCGAUUGAAGGUCAGUACGGGACACUUCAAGCGUACGUAACUCCAAGAAUCCAACCAAAAACCUGUCAGGUCCAUCAGUACCAAAUUAAACCACUUUCCCUUCAUCAGAGAACUCAUUCCCUCGACCAUGACAGGCCCAUGAACACUCUGACUCUCAAAGGCCAGUUCAGCUUUGCUGAAAUUCACUCCUGGGUUGUGUUUUGCUUGCCUGAGGUGCCUGAAAAGACUCCUGCUGGAGAGAGUAUCACCUUUUAUUUUCAGAACACCUUCCUGGGAACACAGCUUGAAAGUACUUACAGAAAAGGCGAGGGAUAUUUUAAGUCUGACAACAUUUCUACAAUAUCCAUCCUCAAAGAUGUGCUUUCCAAAGAAGCUACUAAAAGAAAGAUUAAUCUCAACAUAUCAUAUGAUGUCAGUGAAGAAUCUGUGAGGCACACGCUAAAGCUCAUCCACCCUAAAUUAGAGUAUCAGCAGCUGCUGGCCAAGAAGGUUCACUUAAUAGAUGCUUUGAGAGAAUUACAAGUUCACGAAGGGAAUGUGGACUUCCUGCUCCCAAAAUACCGAGCCAUUUUGGAAGAGGCAGAUCAGCUGCUCGAGGAAUACAAGAGACAACCUGCGCAUCUGGAGAGACUUUAUGGUAUGAUCACUGAUCUCUUCAUAGAUAAAUUUAAAUUUAAAGGCACCAAUGUGAAAAGUAAAGUUCCUCUCCUCCUGGAAAUUCUGGAUGGCUGUGAUCAAGAUGGAUUAAUCGCCUUUUUUGAUGCUGCAGCCUGACCAAGGAAAAAGCAGAGUAAUAUUUCUGUUUUUAAUCAAGGCAUUUCAAUAUUGAGCCCAAAGCACUUUUUAAGAAAAACACUUUUAUUCUUUGUGGUACUGUCAGCUCUUAGGUUUUAUUCAUAUUUAUUACCAUGUUGGAUACAGUAGUAAAUUUCAUAUAAACUGUUGU